UCCCCUCCUAGCAGAUUCUUCAAAUUACAAAUAAAGGAAUUGGCCCUUCUCUGUAGCUCUCUCACCCCCCAUUCCCAUUAACCUGAAGAUAGGACAACUAACAGAACCAACAAGAAUCCUCAACAACCAAUGGUGACAUCCAGGAUGUUCCUUGGUCUAUUUCUUGUUGUCAAUCCUUUUUUCUUCACUUGCUCCUACUCUAGCACAUUCACCAUAACAAACAACUGCCCACAUACGAUAUGGCCCGGCACGCUUGCGGGGGCAGGCACGCCUCAACUUCCAACAACCGGAUUCCAGUUGGACUCCGGCCAAAGUGUUAGAAUUCCAUCUACUCCGGGAUGGUCAGGACGAAUAUGGGCAAGGACAGGCUGCACAUUUGAUGACUUGGGAGCUGGCAAAUGUCAAACAGGUGACUGUGGAGGAAGGCUAGAAUGUGAUGGCACUGGUGCCACUCCACCAACAUCCCUCUUUGAGAUAACCCUUGGAGCAGGCAAUGGGCUAGAUUUCUAUGAUGUCAGCAUUGUAGAUGGCUACAAUUUGCCACUCAUUGCUGCACCCGAUGGGGUGUAUGGAGCAUGUAACGCCACCGGCUGCAUUUCGGAUAUCAACAAUAUGGGUUGCCCAAAGGAGCUUCAGGUGGUGGGCGGGGGUGAAGAGGGAGGAGGAGGGGUGGUUGCAUGCAAGAGUGCAUGUGAAGCAUUCCGGUUGGACCAGUACUGCUGCAGCGGAGAGUUUGCCAACCCGACGACAUGCCAACCGUCAUUCUAUUCGACCAUUUUUAAGAGGGCUUGUCCAAGGGCUUAUAGCUAUGCUUUUGAUGAUGGCACCAGCACCUUCACCUGCAAGGCCAACGAUUACGCCAUUGUUUUCUGCCCUAGUGUUAAUGGCAUGAGAAAAUCAGAGACAACUCCAACUCGAAAGCAGAGCAAUGGAGAAGACGCUGGAAUGGUUUCUUCGUCAAACAUAGUCCUACCCCUUCCACUGCCACUCCUCCUACUCACCUUAAGCUUAUUCUUCUGAACAUGCACGAUUACAUUACAGCCAUGGCAGCAUACAAGGAUUCUACAAAAGAAACUCACUCUCGUCCCUUUGAAAGGAAAUAUUGACUGAAUCAGGCAAAGGCGACUGCGAAGAGGAUCAAGAAAAUUAGAACCACAAGAUUUCUUUUUGUAAAGGGAUUGAGAGCAGUUUAAAAUGUUUACCAUUGGAUAUUCGGGUUGAGAGGGUGAUAAAGAGACAUAAGUAUAAUGGUUCAAGAAAGAAAUUAGAAAAACAAAUCAAAAAAGAAAAAAAAUUCUGUAUUCCUUGUGAUUCAUACUCCUUCAAGCCCCAUUUGUUUUGUGUAGAAAAGCUUUUAUCUCUUUUUUAGUGUUUGAUGCAUUGUAAAAUAUUAGUCAACUUGAAAAUGUUUCCAAUUGACCAAGAAAAAUAAUCUUUACAAGGCGUAAAAUGGUUUACACUUCUCAUCUGCAUAAACCAUUUUUCGCCACUCCCCACGCCCCUGAGCAAGCAAAUUGUGAGAGAACCCUUUAUAAGACCUACCUGCCCAAAAGUCUUGAGCUCCACAAGAGCACUCUCACAACUGGCUGCCCAACUUGUAAGCAAUAUGGACAAACAAUUGCAUUGAAUCUUAAUCUCGCCCUUAUAUUCUCGCUCUCUUCCUCCAUAGCUCCACUAUGUCGUCUCUCUUCCUUGUAGCUCUUCAGAUUAUAUGAAAAUACAUAAAAUAUUUGGUGAUUUUUCAUUCCAGCCAAACGCCGAAAGAUGUUUUAGAAUCACUUUCAGUUGUAAACAAACAUCGAAAAAUAGCCACAUUUUUGGCCAAAAAUAUUUUAUGCUGAAACCAAAUGGGCCUUAGCUU